UCCACCGAGUCCUGCACCCUGUUUGAUGUCCCGAUUUUCUACGGAAGUUCUUUCCAAAUCCAGUGUUUCUAUUGCCGGCUUCCACGUUCAGGAAUCCCGGAGGGACCCAGAGGCAGCGGUCUGAUUAAUCACAAGCUAUACCAGAUGUUAUGCUCUCAGCAUAACACUGAGAGGUAAGGGGCCAUCCUCACGGAUCCCGUCUCUUUAUUACAGUAUUUCACCCAUUGUACUUUUUUUCUCUUUUUCUUUCUUUCAAUAUAUAUAUAUAUAUAUAUAUAUAUAUAUAUAUACAUACGUGUGUGUGCGUUGACCUGAGAUUUGUUUUAAACUCAUUUUUUUCCCAUUAUAUCAACAGAAAUUGCUAAGGAACUACAGAUUAUUUAAAGCAGUACUCUGGCAGGAGUUUUUUUUUUCUGACUAUGGCCAUUGUGUGGGAUAUAAAAAAAAACUACUUACCUUCAGCGCUCCUGCAGGGGCCUUUAAAAUCCUGCUUCGGUUCCUCAAUGGAAUCAUCUUCCUGAGCUGCAGCAUGGUGUCAUCCAUGAAAGCACCCUAAUGUAUUACAUUGCAUCUCAGUGAAUCGCUGGUGGCAGUGAUGUCCCACCUCAGCCAGCGAUUUGCUGAGCGGCAAUGGGACACACUGGACCGAGGUGCUUUUGUUGUUGACAAUCAGGAAGUCGCUCACAGCGGAGGACUGAAGAUGGACACUGGAGGCACCGCGGGAGUAUUGUAGAUAAGUAGUUGUUUAUUUUUUAUAUCCCACACAAUGGGAAAAAAAAACCUCCUUUCAUUAUCAAAACAGGGGGUCCGAAUGUCUCCUAAUGGUUAUGUCUUAAUAUGCUGUAUGAUAUUUUACCUGAACUAACCUUCACACUAAACAUGGGCCAUAAGCAAAAUUGUUUUACAUCAACGUUUGGCCCAGAUUUAUUAAUCUGUUGGAGAAAGAACUGGAGUGAUUUUCUAUAACAACCAAACAACCAAUAAGAGCUCAGCUUUCAUUUUACCAGAGCUUUUUAAGAUAUGAAAGCUGAGCUGUUAUUGGUUGCUAUAGGCAAAUUGCACCAGUUUGUCUUGGACAGAUUGAUAAAUCUGGGCCUUUGCGUUUAAGGCCGUGUUCACAUGUACAGAAUUUGCAUCCAAUUGCACUGUGAAAAAAUUAUUGAGAAUAGGUACUUAUUUUGCAGAUUUCACAUGGAAAAGCUGGAGGAUUACUCCACAUGAAUACCCUGUCAUUCUCUCAGAGGAAGUCUUACAUGUCAUCCAAUUUACUAUAAUAGUACAUAUGGAUAGGACCCCAGGUUGCUUAUUAUCAGCAAUGUGUGAUGGGAUCUAAAAUUGACAUUAUAAAAGAUGCGGAGUGUUAAAGCAUGGUGAUUGAUCACACCUAAAACUGUUUGUUGGUGACUUUCUAUGGACAUCCAUAAGUAAUCCAUACAAGUGAAAUUAAGCAAUAACUGCCAUGGAAAAAGUCAACAGGCAAAAAGUCCUGCAUACAAGUGCUGGUCCUGCUUCCCGUGAAAAAGGUAAAGCACAAAAAAUUAAGAAGGAGCCAAGAAAUGAAAGUUGUUAUGGAAACCAGCAUAUAAGUGACACCCUUUCCCCAGAAAGCAGAUUGCAACAUUUUUCCAAUCCUACAGACAGUAGCUUGCUGCAACCUGUUGUAUCCAUGGAGCAUCAUGACACGGUAUGGGCUCUAAGCAAUAUGUCAUCCUCUGAGAAUGUGACCUGCUCUCAGUACAGAAGGCAAUCUUUGGAAAAACUAUUUCUGGACUUUGAAUCAGUCCGGCUCUCAAAAGAAGAUGAGGACAGUGCCAGUGACCUUUCAGAUUCAGAAAGAGUUCCUAUCCCACCAUCACCUCUUACACCUCCUAAACUGAAUCUACGAGCUGAAGAGAUUAACCCUGGAUAUUUCAGUCAGUGCCUAGAACAUAAAUGCAAUGAUUAUGAGUAUCCAGAUUUUCUUCCUCCCCCUUACAACUCCUGGAACCUUCACCAGGUCUCCAUGUUUGUACAUAAUGAGGGCAAAAAUGUAUUACAAACUACAGCAUCAGCCCCCCUAGAGAGAUAUGUUGAUCGUCUUUUCCAGUUGGAAUGGCUUCAAAUGCAAACUGUGCAAUCUGAAAAGGCAAAAACAGUAAAGAGUAGACCUCAGACAGUUCCUGCCACAAGUCGUAAUGGAAAAUCUCCAGGAAAAUGUAAACCUUGGCCCAGUCCAUUGCCCAGUAAAUAUUUAGCUAAUUCAGAUAAUGCUACCAAAACAAGCGCUGGACGUGAUAAAAAUUAUUGCAAAAAAUAUACCCACCGUGAGAACUGUGGAGCAGUGAGUUUGCGGAAAAGCUUCUCAAAAGUCCCUGGAACAAUGGAGACACCUUUGUCUUUGCUGAAACAAACUCAGGAUCUGAGAUGUAAGAAAAAAUCUCCAACAAACUGUGAGCAAACAAAAGACGUGCUAGUCAAUGAUUCUAGGAUGCAGUGUGCUGGCAAUAUUAGACCUCAGAAGCAUAUUUUAAUUUCGAGUAGUGCUGAAAGCGCCCCAAAGCAGACAAAAGCUAGUAAAAUAAGGAAAAGUGAUGACACAUCUAGACAUUGUAUAUCUGAACGAAAAAAGUAACAGCAAAAAGUUAACAGGUAUUUGAAUACAAAGUUAAAAUAUAGGGGGAAAUUUAUCAAUGUUUUUUGCAUAGGUUUUGGCACACAAAAUUUCACUAGUUUUUAAGCAACUAUUGUCAACAAAAACUUUUUAUAUUAUGUGAGUAAUACCAUAUGUAUAUUUGUAAUAUACAUUGGUUAAAAAAAUGUGUAUAUUUUGGGGUGAAAAAUCUGUUCCUGCAGCUAUUGCCUGUGUGUCUCUUUGAGGAGUCCAAAUACAGGAAGUGAGGGCAGGACAAGCAGGGCUCUGUGCAGGCUCUUGGCUUGUCAAUUAUCCUGAUGUGUAAGCCAGGAGGGUGUCACAGAGACUCAGUGUACAGAACCCUGCUUGUCCUCAGUACACAGAGCCCUGCUUGUCAUCAGUGUACAGAGCCCUGCUUGUCCUCAGUGUACAGAGCCCUGCUUGUCCUCAGUGUACAGAGCCCUGCUUGUCCUCAGUGUACAGAACCCUGCUUGUCCUCAGAGCACAGAACCCUGCUUGUCCUCAGUACACAGAGCCCUGCUUGUCCUCAGUGCACAGAUCCCCGCUUGCCCUCAUUGCACAGAGCCCUGCUUGUCCUCAGUACACAGAGCCCUGCUUGUCCUCAGUGCACAGAUCCCCGCUUGCCCUCAUUGCACAGAGCCCUGCUUGUCCUCAGUGCACAGAGCCCUGCUUGUCCUCAAUGUACAGAGCCCUGCUUGUCCUCACUGCACAGAGCCCUGCUUGUCCUCAGUGC